UUCAGUUUAUGAACUUUAGUAAAGAUGAUGAGAGACCUUUUCAAAGUACAAGAAUAAUAAAAAGCUUAGCCAUAUCUAAAGAAGGAGCAUUCAAAAGCAUGCCAAGCUGCUCCUCUUUCUCCCUCUCAUCUCCCUUGCUCUGUUUCUCCCUCAAUGUUAUCCAUUUAUACCUGGACUGCCUACAACACAAUGCAGGUAAACAAAUCAUUCCAAAGAAUUCCAUAUCUUCCAAAAAAAUGUUACAAUCCAUUGAUCCUUCUUCCCUUUGCCUGCAGGCAGUGGAGCUCAAGGUUGAGAUGCUCUGCUUCCACAGUGAAAGAAGGCUAAGGAAAUGCCUCUCUAAACUCAAAGGUGUGAGAAGUGUGGAAGUGGAGUUGAGAAAGAAGAAAGUCACAGUGAGAGGAGAAGCACAAGAAAGCAAAGUCAUAAGGACACUUAGAAGAAGUGGUUUCAGAUGCACACCAUGGUGUGACAUGACUGACUUGUUACUCAAUGCUUAUAUUCAGAGGUACCAGAAGAGCUUCCUCUUUGUCAGUAAUGGAGUUUCCUGAGUUUGUUAUUACUGUUUGUUUGUUUUCCUCUUUCAUGUAAUAAUAUUAUCUGAAUAAGAAGAUCUCUUGAGAAAUGAACAGUACUUUUGAGCUGCUUUGAUUUGA